AUGUCCCGGCACAUCUACAUACGGAACAAGAUUGGUGAGGGCAUCCAAGCACCCAUAUUCCAGGUAAAUCGGGGGACUUAUUCUCGGAGGAGCCGAUUGAAGAGGUCUGACGGCAGCACAACAUCUACCAGCUUCAUCCUCAGACAGGGCUCAGCUGAUUCAUAUACUAGUAGACCAUCAGACUCAGAUGUCUCUCUGGAGGAAGAGCGUGACGUGCAGGCCCAGGUCCAGAGCCAGAGCCCAAGCCAGAGCCAAGGACCGGGACAGAGCCGACAGGAGCGGGAGCAGCAGGCCACCAUUCAGCUGGAGAGAGCCAAGACAAAACCUGUAGCAUUUGCUGUAAGGACCAAUGUCAGCUACUGCGGCGCUCUCGAUGAGGAUGUUCCAGUUCCAGCAACAGCCAUCUCAUUCGAUGCCAAGGACUUCCUCCAUAUAAAAGAGAAGUUCAACAACGACUGGUGGAUCGGACGCUUGGUGAAAGAAGGCUGUGAGAUCGGUUUCAUUCCCAGCCCCCUGAAGCUUGAGAACAUCAGGCUCCAGCAAGAACAGAAAAGAGGACGAGUCCAAGGUAAGUCUGGAGGGAACUCCUCUUCCAGUGUAGAGGAUGAGGUGUCUGCCUCUAUCCGACCCCUCAUAUCCUCUGCAGGAAAGCAGAAACAGAAAGUGACGGAGCACAUCCCCCCAUACGACGUGGUCCCUUCCAUGAGACCGGUGGUGUUGGUGGGACCCUCUCUCAAAGGAUAUGAGGUCACUGACAUGAUGCAGAAAGCACUCUUUGACUUUCUCAAGCACAGAUUUGAUGGCAGGAUAUCAAUCACUCGAGUCACUGCAGAUAUAUCUUUAGCCAAAAGAUCUGUCCUCAACAAUCCCAGCAAGAGGGCCAUUAUAGAGCGAUCCAACACCCGCUCCAGCUUAGCUGAAGUGCAAAGUGAGAUUGAGAGGAUCUUUGAGUUGGCUCGCUCACUUCAGCUGGUAGUGCUGGAUGCCGACACCAUCAACCAUCCGGCCCAGCUCCUCAAGACCUCCCUGGCUCCCAUAAUCGUUCAUGUCAAAGUGUCUUCACCGAAGGUUCUGCAGAGGCUUGUCAAGUCCAGAGGAAAGUCCCAGAGCAAACACCUGAAUGUCCAGCUUGUGGCAGCAGAUAAACUUGCUCAAUGUCCUCCAGAAAUGUUUGACAUCAUCCUGGACGAGAACCAGCUAGAGGAUGCCUGCGAGCAUCUAGCAGAAUACCUUGAGGCCUAUUGGAAAGCAACACAUACCUCCAUGGCGACGCCCCUAAACCCAUUGCUGGGACGCAACCUAGGCCCUACCACACUCACGGCAUACCCAACCAGCAUCUCUGGACUGCAGAGCCAAAGAAUGCAACAGAGCAACCACGCGGGCGACCAUUCUACUGCGAACGAACGUCGCAACCUGAUGACAUCUGACGAGAACUACCACAACGAACGGGCGCACAAGGGACGCAACCGAAUGUCUUCGGGCUCGCAGCACAGCCGAGAGGCGCAGGACCCCUACCAGGACUACCAGGACCCCUAUCAGGAUGCAUACAAGCCACACCGCAACCGCAGCUCCCCGGGCAGCUACAGCCAUGACUCCCGGCAUCGGCUCUGA